CGGGCCGAGAAGUUUCACCUCAGAGACACACUUGAUGUCUCCGGACUCUCGAUAUUGAUCAUAUUCUGACUGUCCGAAGGGUUUAUCGAUACAUGCUCGGAGUCGGCGUGCAGGGCGUUUGGAGAAGUCUCCGCGGGUGUUUUAGGGAGUUUUGAACAGGCGGCGGCUGCUGCUUGUGGAAAAUGCCUCUGUUUCCAUGGAGUGUAUGGUUUGGUGUGGUGUUAAGUGUUUUGCCUGCUGUGCUUGCCGACGCUGAGGAUGCUUCGCUGUUGGGUGGCUGGCAGGACAUUUGGCUCUUCCGUUUGUUUCUCAAUGUUUUGGGCUACGCCACCUUCAUCAUCCCUGGAUAUUUCCUCAUCAGCUACUUCAAACGGAUCAACUAUCUAGAAACAGGUCGUGGUCUUUGUUUUCCUUUCAUAAAGACCUGUGUGUUUGGAAACGAGUCUAAGACAGGACUGUUGGAUGACGUGUCAUCGUCACCCAGAAAUGAAGCUGAAUCCAGUUCAUCAGCUCAACAGGCCAUCAAGUUGAUUUUCUGUGCAGCUGGACUCCAGGUGUCGUACCUGACAUGGGGCGUUCUUCAAGAACGAGUGAUGACACGCUCUUACGGCGCCACAGAGGUUGAAGGUAGCGGCGAGCGCUUCAAAGACUCACAGUUUCUGGUCUUCAUGAACCGUAUUCUGGCGUUGACAGUGUCUGGGCUGUGCUGCGUUGUAUUUAAACAGCCUCGCCAUGGCGCGCCGAUGUACAAAUACUCCUUUGCUUCACUCUCGAACAUUCUCAGCAGCUGGUGCCAAUAUGAAGCACUCAAAUACAUCAGUUUUCCGACACAGGUGUUGGCCAAAGCUUCUAAGGUGAUACCCGUGAUGCUGAUGGGCAAGAUUGUCUCACACAAAAGCUAUGAAUACUGGGAGUAUCUCACAGCUGUCCUGAUCUCAGUUGGCGUCAGCAUGUUCCUGCUGUCCAGUUCCACCAACAAACAUCCGUCCACCGUUACCACCUUCUCGGGCGUCAUCAUCCUGGGCGGAUACAUCGUUUUCGACAGCUUCACCUCCAACUGGCAGGACAACCUCUUCAAAUACAAGAUGUCGUCCGUCCAGAUGAUGUUUGGCGUUAACCUCUUCUCUUGUCUCUUCACUGUCGGCUCUCUCCUGGAGCAAGGCGCCUUCUUCGAUUCCGUAGCGUUCAUGUCGCGUUACUCGGAGUUCGCUUUCCAUGCCGUUUUGCUGUCCGCUUGCUCGGCGUGUGGUCAACUGUUCAUCUUCUAUACCAUCUCGCAAUUCGGAGCGGCUGUCUUCACGAUAAUCAUGACUCUACGCCAGGCCUUCGCUAUCCUUUUGUCCUGCUUCAUCUACGGUCACGCCGUCACCAUGGUGGGCGGCUUCGGCGUGUCCGUGGUCUUCCUCGCCCUUUUCCUCCGCGUCUACGCCCGUAGUCGCAUGAAGAAGACUAGCAAGCGAGCGACGCAAACAGCAGUUCUUAAAGUUUAGUGGAACAAAUGCCGAAAAAUGGGACAUGUGUACAGAGACCACAUUUUCGUGGUUUUCUUUUCUUUUGUGUACUCCCAAACUUUGUGGGUUUGUGUUAUGUAAGAUCAAACGGUACCGAAAGGGAUUUUGGAUUGGUUGUAUGUGCGCGAUACUGAAUGUUUAAUGACUUGAUGAGCCGUUGAGUGUAAACGGACUUCAGCGAAAGCGUGCAGAGCCUUUGAUAUCUUUGUAAUUUGGUACUGAAAUACGUCACGCUUUUAGUUUUUUCUAUUUCAAUUUUGCUUGAUGAAAUUAUAAGAAAAAAUUUCUAUUUUCGAGAAGCGUGCAAAGUGUUGUGGUUGAGAUGCCUUUGCGAGUGUCCGUGCCAUUUGUCACAUUAUUCCCAUUGUUAUAUAAUACUCCCAAUAUGAGUGAAUCUUUUGAAAACACAUGUCUGGGUGAUAUUUGACCCAAAAAUCGAAUAAAACAUGAACUUAUAUUUUGCUCUAAGAAAAUGAAUUUGGUCUGUGCACGUUUUUUUACCCCCAUCGCAUUGUGGCAAUGGUUUGGGGAAAAUAUGCUUAAUUGUCAUGAAAAUGUCAAAAAUAUUAAUGUUAUUUAAAAUUCAUUUUCUUUAUUCAAAAUAUCAUUUCUUAUUUUUUCCUUUUGAUUUUUGGGUGGACUUGUGUCUUGAAUCUCUUGAUGAUAUUCCAACCAAUUUUUAAUUGUCAAGAAAUUAUAUUGCUAUUUUAAAAAAUAUAAUUUCAACUUUUUUCCCUUUUGAUUUUUGGGGCGAAAUAUGAAGUGUACAUGUUCAUGAUGGUUUUAUAAAUGAAAUUAUGAAUGAGUGAAUUUUCCGGGUCAUAUUCCACCCCCCUAAAAUCAAAAGGGGAAUUGUACUUUGCAGAAAUAAAAUGAAGCAAAUUUUUAGUGCCAUUAAGAGUUUGGUGCAUCGUGUAUUCGCUCAUUAAUUUCCCCAAUGCAUUUCAGUAAUGAGGAAAAUGUGCUUAAUUGUCAUGAAUACAAUGUCACAGUGCAAAAAAAACCUUCAAAAUGGUCAUAAAAAAAUAGACUUUAUUUUCUUUAUGCAAAAUAUAUUUUCUGAGAUAUGACCUGGAUGUGUUUACAGUUUUUGUGAAAUUCAGCGGUAAUCAUAAACUGAAUUACGGUGUGCAAAAUUUAAUUUGGCUGCUGGUAAAUGAAAAUGGAGCUGCUCCUAAUGAAAGGAUCCACUGGGGUUUGUGUCUCUCAUGGAAAAUUAUUGUUCAGUAUUGUAUAAUAUUGUAUAAAAUGUCAUUAUAAAUGUAUUAUAAGAGCCUGAAAGGGAAGCUCCAUAUUUAUUUUGUAUCCAUUAUCUACCAUUAAAACAUGUUCAGAAAGGAAUAGACAGCCACAUGGUUAAUACCAAGUCAACAAGGCAGUUUUACUGUCUUUGACAUGUCUGUUUAUUUUUAGGGUUAGGUAGUAACCAAUUUGAGCUAAUUUGCAUAAUACUAAUUGCAUCCGCCAGUUGAAUUAUAUUUUGAGAACAUCUGCAGAUGUAUUGCAGUCUCGCUCAAUAUCAUGAAUUUAUUGUACUUUUCCCCCGUACCUAAAACAAAAAAUAUUUUUUUGCCUUUCACGUGUUUUAAUUUAAAUUGAUGUUAAUUUGUUGAUAUUUUUUUUUUCCUUUUUGUAUUUCUCCUUCAGACUAUUUAAAAAGAGUCUAAACCUUUAAUCCUUUCUGAUAAUCAUUAGUUAUUUUUGUGGGUCAAGCAGCUUUUUUUUGUUGCCAUUUUUGUUUUAUUUUCUUAAUUUGUUUAUUAUAUUUUGAUUUGCAUGUGCAAUAAUAAUAAUCAGACUUUUUCAUAUAUAUAUAUUAGCUGUUAAAAGUAGCAACACAUUUUGUCUGGAUGCUGGUGCUGAAAACUGUGUUCAUUGUGAUCACAACUCAUUGCUGCAAAACUCUGUAGAGGUCGACCGACAGUGAACUUUGAUUUAUCUGCCAAUUGUUUUUAAAAUGCAAUUAUUCAUUUAACAAAAAAAUAUAUAAUAUUUUCUUACUAUGAUGCACAGACAAAGAGUCCUAAAUGAAUAAAAUCCCUGAUGCAGUUCAACCAAAAUAAAUAAUAAAGAUUGAAUGCAUAAAACGGGACUUUUAUGUAUAAGCAAGCCCGAAACACAGCAGGGACUCUUAUUUUGAAAUGGGGAAAUCGGCAACUAUUGCCAUAGAUUUUUGCAGAUAAUGAUCGUUACAGAAAGCACAGAUUAAUCUGUCAAACCGAUAUAUCGGUCUUCCUGUACACUUUUGAUAUUUGAACAGAUGAGCAUGAGAUAAAAGUGUGUGUGUGUGUGUGUGUGUGUGUGUGUGUAUAAUAUAUAUAUAUGCAUACAUGUAUGUGUGUGUGUGUGUGUGUGUGUGUGUAUAUAUAUAUAUAUAUAUAUAUUGUGUGUGUGUAUUAUACACACACACACACACACACUAUAUAUAUAUAUACACACACACACAUAUAUACACGCAUACAUACAUACAUAAAUGUGUAUAUAUAUAGUGUGUGUGUUUAUAUUUAGGUGAAAUCUCUUUGCAAACUCUUUUGUCCUGAAGUAACAUCCAUUGGCAUAGUAGAGAAUUAUUUUUUAACACUAAUCUGGACUAAUAUAAACCAACACUGUGUGUUACAACUAGAUGUAUUAGUCAAAAUUUGCAGUACAAUCCUACCCCCUGUUGGUCAAUUAUAGCAAAUGAUUGGAAGAGCAUUACUAGGUGAAUUUAGCAAAAACGGGGCCAUUGAGGGGGGCGUGUUCUUGACAGGAUUUCUAAGAUUCGCCCGACAUUGCUAUUUUCUGAAAUGCUCAUUUCUCGUAACACCCUCUGAAUAUUGUGGAGGUCUUCAUGAAUCAUUUGUUUGUCUGAUAUUCAUUUGGAAAGGCAGAUGUGAAUGACUUGUGGUGAGCAUCAGGAUAUGCUUCCUAACUAAUGUAGUCUUAUUAAGCUUUUGUAGGGUUUAUUGUUUAUACAUUAGAGGAAAUGAAUUUGAUCACAUGACUAAACUGUCUGAUUUGUGUUUCGUCCUCACUUGAUUUCAUAUAUGGGAAAAAUGCAUCAUUAGACAUUUUCAUUUACUGCUGUUUGUUGUUUUGUUUCCUUGUACUGAGUUCAUGUUCUGUAUGUUAUGGUACCAGCACUGUUAUACAGUUAGAUGUUAUGUUUCAUGUAAUGAAUGAAGAAUCUCUUGAGCUUGUCUGCUGUUUGGUGUAUUUAUAAUAAAGGAGAAAUUCAGGCCACAUGCUAAACUUUUUUUUGCAAUGGAAGAGUUGUACAUGGUAAUAUAUUACCUAAUGGGAUGUAUAAAAGCAAUUACGUGUAUCCUGCACCACUGUUCAAAUGUUCAGCACCACGGCGAAAGAAACCAUAGUUAUAAAAGAGUUGCAAGCAUGCUGUUUGAACUGAAUACGAUUAAAUGCAGUAAUACCAACGCCACCAUCUUUGAUUUUGUUGUGUACGUUGGCUGAUAUCAAGAACAAAUAUGCAACUCUAGAUUACUAU